AAUUUGCAAGUUAUUAAAAGUUAAAUUUAAAACCAACACAACUAUUAUAGUAGUCAUUGAUAUCAGUUUUGUAUACUAUAGUAUAUACAGUGAUAUUGUUUAAUAAAACUAUAUUAGAAAUUAGUAUAAUUUAGUUUACUGGGCAAACAACUGGGCUAAUAACGAUGAUCACAAUAUAUCAGAUUUUUGGGAMARUUAUCAUUGGUCUAUCUAUGUGUCUGACCAUAGUAUCGGGUGUCGGCUUAAUGGAUAUGUUCAAUAUGGUGUCGACACCCAUAUGCGCGGCCAUAAAAUCUGAUGCUUUAGCUGAAUGUCAUAAAGACCUUGAAAGAGGGAUCAAUUUGGCCAACGAAUUGCCUGUCUAUGAGCUACAGCGUCGGGAGGUUUGCUGUUCACUCAAUCACUAUCGCAAGUGUUUGUCCGACAACUUGGGCGACAAGUGUCCAAUUGGUCAGACAAACGAUUUGUUUGACUCUGUGUUCAAACUAGCGGUCAAAGGAGUCGAGUUUAGCGCACAACUUGACUGCCAGUACUAUGAGGACGGCUCGUGGCUGUGCGCACCCGAUUAUGUGUUUGUGUUGGCGGCCGUCGGCUUAGUUGUACUAUUGUUGGGGUCGGUGUGCAGUUGUUGUUGUCGGUCCCGUAAGAGUGGGCGCCGCGAUUCAGCCAAAUUCAUGAUACUUCCCGAACACCGUUACUAAACAUAUACUGUUCCCCAGAUCCUCAAUAAAAAUGAUCAUUUUUUUGUCUGCCUUAUCAUUAGUAUAAAACUAUUUGAUAAUAACUAAUUAUAGGAUCAAAUUUUUUUUGUGUUCAUAGUUUUUUUUGUAUCUUUCAAUUACUAACCUAAACAUUACGAUUAUUAUGAAAUCUAGUUAAACAGUUGAUAUUAAUAUAUUAUUAUAUAUGUUUAUAUUAUGUUAUCAUAUAUGAUGUAAUUUUUGCUAAUUGUUUAUAUU